AUGGCAACACCGGUAAAUGUCAUUGUUCAAUACAUUUUACUACGACGGGAUUUGAAAAAAAUGAAAAACUACAACGAUGGUGCCAUUAUUGCUCAAGCAUGUCACGCUUCAAGUGCUAUUCUACAUAAGACAUCCAAUGACGAGCUGACAAAAAGUUAUCUCAGUGAUUUAGAUCGAAUGCAUAAGAUUAUCUUAAGCAUUGAAGGUGGCGAAACUGAAAUAAACGAAAUAAGUGACAUACUUAAACAAAAUUCCAUUGUACAUUACCUCUGGAUUGAACAACCGGAAAAUAUUCCAACAGCCAUUGCUGUUAAACCACAUUAUAAAAAGGACAUUGAACAUUUCUUUUCGAAAUACAAACUUUAUCGUUGA